AAGAUUCCCACGCCGCCGUAUUCUCUUGCCUCUCCACCCUUCUCGGCGGCGCUUUCUAGUUUCUACGAUUCUUCCUUCUCACCAUAUAAUUGAAAACAAAAUGUCAAUCCUUUCUCUCUCCCUUUCUCCAUUUCCAAAUCCAUCUCUCUCCCAUCUCAGUUCCCAUGCUCCCUCCCGUAUCCAAUCACUCCACCCUUCUUCAUCCAUGACCCUCCUCAAACCACUCCACCACCACCUCCGUCGUCGUCUCUCCAUCUCCGCCGCCGCAGCUGUCCGUCAAGACACUAAUCUCUGGACAACCGCACCUCUCGUCACCGUUUCACCUGCCGCUGAAUCUCUCUUCCACGUCACCAUCGACGUGUCCGAUUACCCUGACCUAGCUACCUCACACACCAAGGCAGGUCAGUAUCUUCAGCUUCGGAUUCCUGACGUUGAGAAACCGUCGUUUUUAGCGAUUGCAUCGCCGCCUUCGCUUGCUGCAGCAAAAGGUUUAUUUGAGUUCCUUGUGAAAAGUAUCUCUGGCUCUACGGCGGAGCUACUAUGUGGAUUGCAGAAAGGUGAUGUUGUGGAGUUGAGUCAGGUUAUGGGGAAAGGAUUUGAUUUGGAUCAAAUCUCUCCUGCGGAAGAGUAUCAGACGGUCGUGAUUUUCGCUACGGGAUCUGGAAUCAGCCCAAUUAGAUCCCUGAUUGAGGCAGGGUUUGGUGCAGACAAGAGAUCUGAUGUUCGGCUAUAUUAUGGUGCACGGAAUUUGAAGAGAAUGGCAUAUCAGGAUAGGUUUGAAAACUGGGCAUCCUCUGGGGUCAAGGUUGUGCCAGUGUUGUCUCAGCCUGAUGAUGCUUGGACAGGUGAAGAUGGCUAUGUUCAGGCAGCAUUUGCCCGAGCUAAAAACAUUUUUAAUCCUCAAUCUACCGGAGCAGUCCUCUGUGGUCAAAAGCAAAUGGCUGAGGAGGUGACUUCACUUCUUGUAGCAGAUGGAGUCUCAACCGAGAAGAUUCUGAAGAACUUCUAAACAAUUCCAAUUUUGGUUCAUCGUGUUGUAUUAGUGUCUAGUAUAAAAUCAAUUUAUUCGAUUUCACCUGCUGGCUUCAAGGUAUUUAUUCAGCAUGGUCAAACAACAUAAUGUAACAAUGUUAGCCAUCAGGCUGUACAAAGUCCAACGUGGCUCAUAUAUGCAUUCAAUCAAA